UGGAGAACUACGGUGCUCACAACGAGCGAGCCGAGUAUACUUGCAAACUCAACUACGGACCUUAACAUUGCUGACCAAAGGAAAUCAUAAAGUCAAUAUCUGACGAUGACGAACAUUCAAAUGAAAACUAACUUCAUGGCGGUGUAAGACAUAAGAUGUUGACUUUCAGCAUUAGGAGUCACAACUUGGUUCAUCCCGCAUCUCUAUGAGAAGAUGUUUUCUAUUCCAGACAAAUUUCAUCUUGCCUUUGACAAUUGGACAACAAUAUCUAUGCUUCUGAUGAUUCUGAUGAGAGACUUCAGAGUCGAUUCCUUCACAUGUCAUCAAACUGAAUACAGGACAGGAGAUGAAUGCUGUCCUCUGUGUCCUGCUGGCCACAGAGUCAAAGAAGACUGCACAGAGUUCAAAAGUACAGACUGUCAGAGAUGUUCAGAUGGGACUUUCAUGAACCUGCCAAAUGGACUGAAGAGAUGCAAUCCAUGUUCUACCUGUGAUUCAGGAGCUGGUCUGAAGGAAAAGCAACAAUGUAAACUAACUAGAGACACAGUUUGUGAACCAAUGGAGGGAUUCUUCUGUACAGACCUUAAAUCAGAAGGUUGUGCUGUAGCACAGAAACACAGGAUCUGUGAACCAGGACAGUACAUCAGCAGCAAUGGAACAGCCUCCACAGACACAGAAUGCUCUGAAUGCAGCAGUGGAUCAUUUUCUGAUGGAUCUAUGUUGUCAUGUCAGCCUCACAGACAAUGUGAAAAAGAAAACCUACUGCUGAUAAAAGCAGGAACAUCUUCAACUGAUGCUGAAUGUGGAGAAAAAAGUUCCAACACCACAGGAAUUGUGAUCAGUAUUCUGGUGGUUUUAUUAGUUGCAGCAACAACAAUUGUUCUCUGGAAAACUAAAAAAAAUUAAUACCAAACAUUUGUACAAAACGGAAAAAAACCCAAAGGGGCACAACAGAAGGAGCAGAACAGGGAGAAUAUGAGCGCAAUAAACACAAACUCACAUGCUGAUGAUGAUUAGAUACUAUCUAGUAGCCACAGCUUCCCUGGGACAAUCUGACAGGUGAUGCUACCAAACACGGGCAACACCAGGUUCUCUGAUCAGAACCAGCAAGCAAGGCGAGUGAACUGACUUCCAGAAGGUCAUAACGACCAAGAUCGAUGAACCAGCAACCUACCGAUUGAAGGGAAAGUCCUUCUACCAUCACCAUUAAAUGAAUUACUCCAUGUGAAACCAACCAACCUGAGAAAUUUGGACAGUUUUGUAAAGAAAUCUGAGUGAUCUGGAUGUGAUCAGUGAGAUCCACCAGCUUUAAAAUCAUUUUAUUGAUAUUUAUAUUCUGCUUCACAGGACUUGACAUAAAAUGUCAACGUUGUUGAUAUCUUUCUAAUUUUCUGAAAUCCUAAAAACAGCUGAACAAAUAGCAUUACAGUUAUUAUUGUGCUUUUCUUUUGCAGAUAAAAAUGCUCAAGUGAAUAACUUUAUUCAUAAUAAAUGUAAUUUUUUUAAUGCUGUCAUGCAUUUAUUGUCACAAAGACAUAUUCACCAUAGUGACUUGUAUCAAAGUGGUGAAGAAGUGAUUUACCAGGGCCAUUCAUUGGUACAUUUGUUCAUUUGUUAGCAGUGACUAUUGAUGAUGUGAUUUUAGAUAAGACGUUAAUUUAGACACCAGCUGAGAGUUGAAGAAAAUCUUCUGAAACUGAAGUUGCUAUGUUGAAUUUUCUGCUUCUGACAGUAGGCUUUGACUUGUCUUGAUGUCUCUUUGAAGAGCAAAUGUAAAUAUAUUUUGUAAUUAAAUAUUGAAAAUGUGAAACUUA